AUGCACUACCCCGAAAACACAAGGAUUGGGAGGUGAAGGGAGGAGAUCGAGGAAAAGAGUUAUAAUAUAUAAUAUAUAAUAAUAAUAAUUUAUAUGGCUUCAACACCUGGUCCUCUCACUGAGUGGCCAUGGCAAAGGCUAGGAAACUACAAGUACAUGGUACUUGCUCCAUGGGUGUUGCAUGGAUUGCACAUGGUGGCUACAAAGGAAUGGAAGGAUGUUCACAUCUCCUACAUUAUCAUCUUCCCUUCUCUGCUGCUGAGGAUGAUCCACAAUCAGCUCUGGAUCAGCUUGUCUCGCUUCCAAAAUGCUCGAAGCAGGCGUCGCAUCGUCGAUCGCAGCAUCGACUUCGCGCAGGUCGACAGGGAGAGAAACUGGGAUGAUCAGAUCAUAUUCAAUGGCAUCUUGUUCUACCUGGUGUACACUUUUGUUCCUGGUGUGGGCCACAUCCCCAUGUGGAGAAAGGAAGGAGCAGUGAUCAUAGCUCUGCUACACAUGGGCCCUGUGGAGUUCCUCUACUACUGGUUCCACAGAGCCUUGCACCACCAUUUCCUCUACUCUCGCUACCACUCCCACCACCAUGCUUCCAUUGUCACUGAACCCAUCACCUCUGUGAUUCAUCCAUUCGCGGAACACGUGGUUUAUUACUUACUGUUUUCGAUUCCGAUGUUAACGACGAUCUUCACCGGCACGGCUUCCAUUCUCUCGCUCUUGUUGUACGUCGCGUUCAUCGACUUCAUGAACAACAUGGGGCAUUGCAACUUCGAGUUGGUGCCGAAGUGGUUUUUCCGAGCCUUUCCCCCUCUCAAGUACCUCAUGUACACCCCUUCGUUUCACUCUCUCCAUCACACGCAGUUCCGGACGAACUACUCUUUGUUCAUGCCAUUUUAUGACUAUGUAUACAAUACGAUGGACAAGUCGUCUGACGAGUUGUACGAGAACUCUCUGAAAGGGAAAGAGGAGACACCUGAUCUUGUUCACCUCACCCAUCCAACUACAUUGCAGUCGAUCUUCCAUCUCAGGCUCGGGUUCGCGUCGUUAGCGUCCGAGCCGUACGACUCCAAGUGGUACAUGUUGAUAAUGUGGCCUAUUGCGCUGUUGUCGAUGGCAGUGACUUGGAUUUAUGGAUCUUCAUUUGUCGUCGAGAGAAUUAAUCUGAAGAAGCUGAAGAUGCAAACAUGGGCAAUACCGCGAUAUAAUUUCCAUUAUGGCUUAGCGUGGGAGAAAGAAGUAAUCAAUGAGUUGAUCGAAAAGGCGAUAAUAGAGGCCGACGAAAGAGGGGUCAAAGUUCUGAGUUUAGGGCUUCUGAAUCAGGCGAAAGAACUCAAUGGAAGCGGAGAACUAUAUUUGCAGAAGUACCCAAAAUUGAGGUUAAGAAUUGUCGACGGAAGCAGCUUAGCAGCUGCAGUUGUUCUGAAAAGCAUUCCUCCUGGAACAAACCAAGUUCUCCUUUGUGGAAAACUUUCGAAGGUAGCUUGCGCCACUGCUAUAGCCUUAUGCCAAAAGGGUGUCCAGGUGGUCAUGACAGAGAAGCAAGAGUUCCACAUGCUCAAGCCGCAAAUACCGGAAAGUGCAGCGACUUAUCUGACUUAUUCGAGCAGCGACACUCCUACGGUGUGGAUAGUAGGUGGAGUAACCGACGAAGAGCAAAGAAGGGCAUCGAAAGGCACACUAUUCGUUCCUUUAUCGCAAUUUCCGCUAAAGAAGAUACGCAAGGAUUGUACUUACUACGCCACUCCUGCGAUGAAGAUCCCGGAGACGCUACGAAAUGUGCAUUCCUGCGAGAAUUGGCUACCGAGAAGGGUCAUGAGCGCGUGGCGCGUAGCGGGAAUAGUACACGCGCUAGAAGGGUGGGACACGCACGAAUGCGGAGACACGGUGACGGACAUCGAGAAGAUAUGGUCCGCUGCUAUUCGACACGGAUUUCGUCUCAUGACACAAGCUUGAUGCUCUUCUCUGAGGCUCCGCGCUACACUGCUUGUACUCUAUUGUGUUUAGUGUUGUAGUAUUUAUGGAAGCUACAAUUUCUAGAACUAUGUAGUAAUCCAAAGAAGGUAUCAUAUCUCAGUAUGAGAAAAUGGUUCCAUGUUUAGGGCGUUUAAAGUGUGUUACAGUUGUGCUUUGUUGGAGCAUUUAGCAUGCAAAUCAGAGUCUUAUUAGAGAACUGUUCUAUAGCAUGUUCUUUAGUAUCGAUAAUCGGAAUGCGUUUUGUGUAUGAUUGGGAUGUAUUACGAGUAAUUGGACUUGUUUAAGGAACUAUAAGUUCGUAUCUA